AAUAUCUCAAUUACACUUUUUCAUAUCUUUUUUCAAGUUUUCUGUUUAUCAAACUUAUGUCUCUUACUGUACAAAAAUGUAAAUAUGAGCAGUUCAUUAUAAUGGUUUGUUUCAUAUCAGGUGUGAAAAUAUUUAUAUAAAAGUCACAACCUUCACAUUACAGUCAUAUCCUCGUUUGCCGAUUCAGUCAUAAUGUGGCGAUUGAUCAUUCUCUUUGCAAUUUCAGUGACAGUUACAUCAUCAAUUGACUGUGUCAAACGCCGCUCGAGUACGAGUGGAGAUGAUGGACAUUAUUGCGUCUGCAAUGCAAAGCGAUGCGAUCAAACUCCUGACGCGAUUAAACCACAAAAUCUCGACGAAUAUACUUUAAUAACUUCAAAUAAAAAUGGUUUACGAUUUCGCGUAUCGAAAGGCUUAUUUAAAGAAAUUGAACCUAAACGCAAUCCGAAAUCUCGAACAAAAGAGUAUGGUGUACUACGAAAAUUUUUAAAAAUAAUUACCGUCCCAACAAAAAUAUUUCGCGGAAGUAUUAAGAAAAAGAAAGUAAAUUCACUUCUGCCGGGAAAGAUCAUUGUAAACCAAAGAGAAAUGUAUCAAGAAAUCUUGGGAUUUGGUGGAGCAGUGACUGAUUCAGCAGCUAUAAAUAUUUUUAAUCUGACACAGAAUGCGUCCGACAACUUGAUAAAAAGCUACUUUGGGCCAAAUGGUAUUGAUUAUAACUUUAUCAGAACGCCAAUGGGUGGAUCGGAUUUUUCAACAAGAGCUUAUACCUACGCAAUGACAGAAAAUGACAUUACACUUUCGAAUUUUAAUUUGCAAAUGGAAGAUUAUGAUUAUAAGAUACCACUGAUAAAACGGGCUCAAGAAUUAAAAGAAAAUAAAAUCAAGCUGUUGACCGUACCAUGGACCGCGCCCCCUUGGAUGAAAGUAAAUCACAAAUGGAUGAAUCAUGAUAAAUUACAUCCAGAAAAUCGACAAUUAUGGGCAGAUUAUUUCGCCAAAUAUUUUGAGGCUUAUCGUAAUGCUGGUCUGGAAUUCUGGGGUGUGUCGUCUCAAAAUGAGCCAGCCAGUCACAUCUAUAUUCCGCCAGAACUGAAUUUUACCAGUAUGACAUGGACUCCUGAGGAAGAGCGUGACUGGAUUAUCGAGUAUUUGUCACCAACUCUUCAAAAGGGCUUCGGCCACAUUAAGAUCUAUGCAAUGGAAGAAAACAGGCUGGUACUUCCUGAUUGGCCGAAUAAAGUAUUUGAGGACAAAAGAGCAAGAGAUAUCAUUUCAGGAAUUACGCUCCAUUUUUAUUUCGAUACUGCAAUUGGCCCACAUAAUUUACGUGAAGUAAAAAGAAAUUUUCCGGAAAAGUCAAUAAUAUACUCAGAAGCUUGCGUAGGAGUUUGGGAAGAGCAAAAGGUAAUCUUAGGUUCAUGGAGGCGUGGUGAGAUAUACGCGAAAAACAUUAUGGAAACCAUAUCAAACUGGGCAUCUUCUUGGAUCGAUUGGAAUAUAGCUUUAGAUAUGUCUGGUGGACCAAAUUGGAUCGAUAAUUACGUUGAUUCGCCUAUAAUAGUCAAUAGUGCCGCGGACGAAUUUUAUAAGCAGCCAAUGUUCUACGUGCUUGGACAUUUUUCAAAAUAUGUUCCGCCUAAUAGUGUGAGAAUCGGCACAACGAUGGAAAACAUGAAUGGAGUUGCAAGUGUUGCAUUUUCUACACCCGACGGUGGCGUCGUAUUAGUAAUCUUAAAUCUGAACGAUGAGAAAAAGGCCAUUCUGAUCGAGGAUCCGGAGAAAGGGAAAACGAGGAUAUAUGUUCUCGCAAGAUCCAUUAACACACUAAAAUAUUGGACACGUAGCAAAAUACAGAUCAGUCGUUAUACCAACAGUUUAAAUAUGUGCACGUACAGGAUUAACAAAUAGAAAUUAUUUUAUUAACUUUGUGAAUAUUUUACCACUACAUAUAGAAAGUAUAUAUGUUCUUCAAAAAAUAAAAAAAAUAGAAUCUCAAGAAAUAUAUUUUGAAAACUGCUCAUCUUGUAAUGCAUUUGUUGUAACAGUAGUAAUAUAAAUAGUUGUCCUAUUUAUAAGAAUUCUAUUUAAAUCAUUUCUAUCUUUUAUUUGUUUUCACGUUACUCGUUAUUAUUGCAUCGGAAUCAUUUAAAACUUAUAUAACUCGAAUAUAAUUCUCAUCGAGAAUAACUCAUCUUAUUUAUCUCGAAUAAAAAUUUACCGAAUGUGCCGCAUUUAAUGAACGCAAUGGAAACGGGCAUGUUCAAAUAUCUUCAAUUUCGCUGAAUAUUUCAAAGAUUUUCCGCAUUUAAUCCGUUAAGCUUACUAUGAAUUUAAUAUGGGUGAAAAUAAUUUAAACUUCAAGGACAUAAUUCUCUCAGUAAA